CAAAGCAACAUUCAAAUGUUACAGGCUUGUUGAAUAUUGUGAUACGUAAAUGGAUCUAUGAAUGUGAUUGACUGACUUUAUCAAAAUUGUUGUUUAUAACUAAUUUGGAUUGAUAAGUGUAAUAUUAUGUGAUAGCUGAUUCGCCAUGGGACUGGGACUUCAGUAUCCAGGGUUAGACUUUCACAACAAGAAGUUGGAGGAGGGCAAAGAGCUUAAAGAGUAUUUGGACGAGUAUCAUUUGUGGAGGGCAGAUGCAUAUGAUGAGAAGGAGAGUUUGGCCGAAUGGAAAGCCGAGACACAAGACUUUUACCAGGCUCGGAUGGAUGCCGACCUGGAUCUGGAUCCUAAUUUGAAAUACAGUCCAACAUGGAGCCGUCUAGAGUGGGGUAAGAUCUACAAGGACGGCUUCUUUGAAGAGAAGAUGUUCAGGGAUGGCGAUUGGAAAGAUUACCGAUGGGGCAAAACCACAAAUAAUCAUGUCCCUGAAUAUAAACUGAUAGACUUGAUGAACCUCAAUUGUAGAGCCGGACUGCCUGACUUCAACUUUAUCAAGGCACAAAAAAGACCUCAAGUGAAAGAGAACCGUCAUUUGAGGUAUAUGCGGCGCUUCAGCAAGUUGAACCGAGAGAACGUGUCAAUACGCAACUGGGCGCACAAGUCCGUGGGCUGGAGUGGCGAGGAGAAGAAAAGGACGAGGAAGAAUGAUCUUCCUUCACUACAUCCUAGAGUGGAGCAGGCACUGGGCGCUAUGUUCCACGACAUGGCCAGAACCAGGCACUUCGGGUACGAUGAGGUGGAAAAGGAUGACUAAGACAUAGCUAAACAGUGGAAAAUAAAGGACGAUUGGACACAAGAGGUUGGAACAAAAGAACAAUUUGAAAGAUUAGAUGUGUAAGAGAAAGAAUGUGAAUUUGGUUUGGUGAAAGACAGCAAACCGAUUGUUAUAAAUUUGGAGAGAGGGGGGGGAGAUCGGUCAUCAGAUAGAAAGUAAUUAAAAGAGGAAAAAUAUUCAUACUUGAGUCAAACUGUCCUGAAUUAACUUAAAGAAAUGUGGUAAAUUUCACUAUUUUAUGGGUGCAAUCUCAGGGUAUUGGCAGUCAAGGAUGGGAUUUAAACUGCAAAACUUUAAUAAACAGCAAAAUACAAUGAUUGUUUCCAUGUUCAAUACUAAACCUUUGUUUGGAUGGAAAUCUCCAAAAUAUUCAUACAGCAAUCUGAUAUUCUAACACCAACAGAAUGUAAUUUUCUCUUCAUUACUAAAUCAGCAUGUGAUACAAAACCUGUAUAGAAAUUAGCGGAUUUCAGACUUCAUUGAACACAGAGAGGAAUUGAAAUUCACACACUGAUUGUUUCAAGUUACCUUAUGAAUAGUUUAUUUUUAUUAUCAGACGGAUUACCUAGAGCAGUAUGGUAAAUGGUAA